AUGAGUAGAAUAGUGUUCGUCUUGUUCCUGGGGCUGUGCCUUCAGACAGCAAAUCUGCAGCUAGUGUGUUAUCAGUGCGAGGACUGUGAGUUCCAGCAGGAAAUUCCGGUGGUGUGUGGUGACAUAGACUACACAACUGCUCCCCCACCCACGGAUACCACGUGCCCGACAUGCGCCCCAGAGCUAACGCCUCCUUCGACUCCUGAAUGGACUACUUCCACGCCAGAAACCACGUGUCCAACAUGCGCUCCAGAGCCGACACUACCGACCACUCCUGAGCCGACUACAGCGACACCGGACACCACGUGCCCAACGUGUGCGCCAACGCUCCCUACAACCCCGCAACCGACCACGUCCACACCCGACACAACGUGUCCCACGUGUGCCCCGACACUCCCUACAACUCCUAUACCCACUACUUCCACCCCAGUCCUUACCACUCCCAUUCCGACCACCUCCACCCCCGACACCACGUGUCCCACGUGUGCUCCGACUCUCCCUACAACUCCUAUACCCACUACUUCCACCCCGGUCCCUACCACUCCCAUUCCGACCACUACGACCCCUGAAACAACCUGCCCAACCUGUGCACCACCAACUCCGACAACCCCAACACAACCUCCACCGACGCUCCCAACGUCUCCCUAUCCGACCACCUCUACUCCAGCGCCUACCACCGAACCUUACUGUCCACCAGGAUGCUGUCCCUGCUCGAGCGCUCGCUCAACGUCGAUUUUCGCGAUGGCCGCGCGCGCCGCCAAGUCCGCCAUGAUGGACGAGUUUGAGGACGAAAUCCGCUCGCCACGUCAGCUGCCACUUCCGGUCUAUGUGUGCUUCACGACCGAGCGAUAUGUGAGCAACCGGCGAGUGAUCAGCAGAGGCUGCACCAAACGGCUGCAGGCGCUCGGAGAUACCUGCGAGCGUGUCAACGGUGGCCAAACGUACGAGCAAUGCUCGCUGUGCUCCUGGCAGCUCUGUAACCGAUAA